AACACAGUUAUCUGCCAUUAAAAAAAUACAGACGGCCACGCUUGCCACAAAAAUCAUUCCGGGGGAUAAUUACCCCCUUUUCGUUUUAUUCCAAUAUUACUGUUUUAUUAAACGUUACCAUUUUUAACAAUAAUAAAUAGACAUGGCUGAUCUAGACGAUUUCUUCGCUAAAAAGGACCGCAAAAAGUCCAAGUCCGUUAAAAAGUUCGCUACCGCUGAUGAACUGGCAAAGAAACUAGAGGAUUCAAAACAAAAAAGCGACGUUAGACCCAAAAAAGACAGACCUCAGGAGGGCGAGGAGGCUAACCGAGCGGAGGAAGAGUGGAAAGACUACGAGGAGCCUGUCAAAGAUUACACCGGACUCAAGAUACAGGUGUUACAAGGAGGGGCGACGCCCGAUACCGCCAGAGACGCGGCCGAGGACUCCGCCCCCGAGAACACGCGGGGGAAGGGGCCCUGGAACAAACCUGUGGAGCCCGUGUCAGCGGAGCAGCCCCCGGCGCCGGCCGUGAAGGAGGAGCGCGAGCCCGCCGCCCCUGCCGCCUACGUCCCGCCACAGUCCAGGAACAGGGCCGCGGAGCCUAGGCGCACACAGCAGCACAGAAAGAACGCCCCGGACAUACACAACGACGACUACUUCCCGGUGCUGGGCGCGGCGCGGGGCGCGCGGCCCGGCUGGGCGGGCGGGGGCGGGGGCGGGGCGCCCGACACGCAGCGACAACACCGCUCCACGCUCAGCACCGGGAACAGGUUCACCAGUCUACAGGACAGCUAGUGAAGGAAGCCACACAAAAAAAUAGUAAUGUACCAUACUAAUAAAUUAUGUAUUUAAA